GGAGAUGGCCUGAGGAGGUGAAGUCGGUGGUGUGGAGGAGUCGUUGUUUUGCGGCCCCUCGUCUUCAAUAUUUUGGUUAUAACCCUCAAUGCAUCGCCCGUCCUCUCUUUCUUCCGUCAGAGUCUCUCUCCGCCCCGGCCUUUCCUCGUUCGGGGAUCCUUUCCCUUCUGUGUUCUCUCUCUCUCUUUCUCUCUCUCCUGCCGGAGAACCCAGUAGUCUCUUUCUCCCGAGAAUUUUUACUCGGUCUCUUGCGCAUUUUGCCUUCUCUCAGGCAUAGGACCCCGGUGGGUCCUCGCAGCCUCUUCUCCCUUUCUAUGUGCAAGACUUGAAGUAGCGGUAGAAUGAGGAGGGGGUCAACAUAGAAUUGAGCUUGACUUCAUACUCUACUUCACAUUCAUCCCCUCGCUCAAGUAGAUUGCCAUUGGCAGUUCAUGUUCUAAGGCAUGGAAGUGCCUAGAUAACGGUGACCGAGGAAGACCAGAGAGCGAACACUGAUAUGGCUUGAGAUGAGAAGAGAUCAACUUGUUUAUCGAACGAACUGACCGUCACGUUUGCGCUGCGAUGGUACCGCUGGUGUGUUUCCACCUAAUCACAUCGAUUCUCGGAGUCAAGCUUCCAAUAAUCCAUAUUCAACUCUCUGCGUAAUACGAGCUCACUGCGAUCUUCGACGGAGCUGCGUUCGGCUAUUGUGGCGGCCAAUGCACGGGUUUUACUGGCUGCAUUCCACAAAGUUACAGCUUUAUAUGGCUUGCAUUGCCAGAUUCAGACGACAAACUUUGCUGUUUUACCCACAUUCUGUCGCAUUCGUGGAUCCGGCUUGUACUCAAGCUCAAGUGUAGGUGCAGUAUGAUGAGCUCGAGAACGCUGACACUGAGCAGGAGGAACAACAUGGAGGGAGUUCUUCAAGUGGCGAAAAGUCCGAAUCACGAAAACCAAUCCUCGUUACAAACAUGGCAAUGUGAUCAAGAGUCUACCGAGUUCGAUACAGGGUCAGCUGGAAAUCUUCUGAGCGCACAAGUUGCUGCAGCCAGUCUUGCCAGUUCGUCGCCUGAGUCUGGGCCUGAGAGUGAUCUGCUCCCUUCCGAGUUGCAGAACCUAGAAUCGGGUAACCUUCUUUCUAACGAUGUUCCCUCCUCCAAUCCAACGGCAAACUUUCUAUUACCCAAGUCAUCAAUAUGGGGAACAGGUGACUCCGAGUAUAGCUGGGCACAAGAAAGUCUGUCGCGGUCUUCCGGCUCCAUGGAUGAUAGUUCUCUUUUGACCAGUGACACUCUCGGGAAUGACACUUCCAGGUUGCUGGAGACGCCGAAAACUGAUCCUCUUUUGCCCCAGUGGGCGAGUCAGCUACCCAAUACAACUCAGUCAUCGGCAUCUAUACAACCGCCUACGCAGAUGUUCCAGCGACGAUCAUGGCAGACGUCGGAUGAUCACACUUCUUUGGGUCUCAUACCCACUAUCAAUAUGCAGGCGUACAACACGUCGUUUCCAGCUCUCUCGUCUUCUUCUGGAGGGGGUAUGAGUCUCGAUGCGACGAAAUUCAACAUGGACUACUUGGGUGGAGAAAGGAGCUGCAAUAUGGGAAACUUCGAGGGGACAUCGGUCUACGACUCUGUGGCAAGGAAGCUACACUGUCAGAUGUCCGGUUUAGAAACAAGCUCUGGAAGUGAUUUUUCUAGCGGAUCUGGGAUUUCAACGCUUGGUUUCGCUAGUCUUCAGAUGGGGCAAAGUCAGGGUAUAACCGAUUCGAGCGAGAAUAAUGUUUCUAGCGGAUUGUUCUUACAGCAGGGACUCAUGCAGCAGAAGAAUUAUAAUGGUGUAUCUACGAUGAAUCACGACAAAAGCAGCUACUUGAGCAGUAAUUCCCGUGUGUACUUCAACCAAUCUUCUAGUUCCACUUUAGAUACUACUAACACUAUUAUGAAUACAUCUACUUCGAAUCAGAGGUUUGGUGAGAACAUGCACAGCCCAAAAUUGUUGCUCGAGUCAUUGUCCGGUAACUCAGUGUUGCGUAACUUGGAGACAAAUAUCUCCGGUAGUCAUAAUCCAUCGGAGUCCGUCUUAGGUUCACAUGGCUAUUUGUAUUCUACGCAGAAAAAAGUGGACACCCUUGAAAGCUUGAGGAAGUGGCCGAACAAUGCCAGUGGGAAUGGGGUGAAAGAUGUCACUGCUAACCCAACCAUAGGUAAUUUGGGAAGGUUUUCGUCCUACAAUAGUAACGGAGAUAAGGAAGAUGCUUUGUACGACACUUGGCCACCAUCGAGCGUCGGACAAAACCAUGCCUUGGAUCCGGUACCCGAGACCGAUUCUAGGAAGCGAUUUCUCCAGAUGAGUCUGGGGCAACCCAACGAUACGAAUCACAAGCGCCUGCAUUUGGACACGUCUCCAAACGUGCAGACAACGGUUGCGCCUACCACUCUAAAGCGCUCAUCCUCAUGGGCCUCUUCUCUCACAUCCACCUGUUCUAAGACUGUAGACGCCAUUAACCCUGGGCCUCUACCUUACACCAAGUCGAAUUCACGACAUGCCGUCGGGCCGGCUUUGAACACCAAUCUGAAGCCGCGAGCCCGGCAGGGCAGUGCGAACGAUCCUCAGAGCAUAGCAGCUCGCCAUCGGAGGGAACGCAUCAGCGAGCGACUGAAGACUCUACAAGAUCUUGUUCCUAAUGGUUCCAAGGUAGACUUGGUCACCAUGCUUGAAAAGGCCAUCAACUACGUCAAGUUUCUGCAACUUCAAGUGAAAGUGCUGACUACUGACGACUAUUGGCCUUCCAACGAGAAGGGCGCUGCCCCAUGUACUGCUCUUCCCAACUUUGAAGAUAUGGAGGGCGCUCUGAAAGUUCUGGUCGCGCAGGCUGAGAAAGAGGCAAAUUCCAAUUUGAGUAACACCACUAGCAACAACGGUGGCAAUUCCAGCAGUAGCAGUCAAGAGAACAAAUCACCGAAUCAAGCAGACAACAACUCGUCCUGACAGUUGAUGUGAGAAACACCGAAUAAUAGAGGCUUCGAAGUCAAGAAGUCGCGAUUGACGUCGAGGCUUUGGAGAAAACCUCCUCCCACUGUUUGAAAUCUGAAGGAUCUCGAGAGGCCUGCCGCGACUGUACGCCUACAUGAACUUGUUAAUGCGAGCCAUCCUCAUGGCUUGGUCUGCAUGAUGAGAUGAUGGCCUUAACUAGAUGUAGUGUAGUGUACGUACAUCUCGGAAUCGAAUUGCAUGGAGGAUUUACCAGUCGCUUUACAGCAUAAGAUUGUCCUGAAGUAUACUGCUGUUUGAGAUUCAUACAAGUUAGACUUCCACGAGGAUUGUCUAAUGAGUGAAGUGGAAAUCAAUAUUAGCACAGCUGUACUAGUGCUACUAGACUAAGGACAGGACUCGACGCUUUAGGACAUUUGAUUUAUUCAGAAACUUAAAGCUCUUGCUUUACUAGCAUAAGGGCCUUUGUUCAAUCCCCUAAUUAGCUUCUGAUUAGCUCGUGAUUAGCGGCUUGAACAGAGAUAGGGAACCCUUAGUUAAUUAAUUAAUUAAUUAGGUGAACCGGUAAUUAAUUAAUUAAUUAUUCUCACAUGGUUGGUGUGAUGACAUGUACACGCAUCAUGUCUGCAACGCCCUAAGGAGUAGUGG